UAAAAACGUCAAUAGGAUAAUAUGCCGUUUGCAGCAGUGCACAUCAGCAGCGUCCUUCCGAUUUUCCCGUCGGUUUUUAGUUCGGAAAACGAAUAAAAUUCUACGGGGAAAACGACAGUGCGCACACAUCGACAUCGACGGCACCACGAUGGUGGAACCGGAAGUCGAAGACGUAGCCUUUCUGACAGCCAUCAACCAUUACAGAGAUAAUCAAGACAUGAUGCACAAGUCUGGAAUAUACGAACACACGGCCGUCACGGCAUGUUCUCGGAGAACAGCUUUGAUCAUGGCCGGCACCACUCUGUUUCUCAUGUUUCUGUGUUCCGUAAUUAUCGCCUACGCCGGACCUCAAAACGACUGUCCGUGUAUUGGUGAAAAGCCAGUAUUUUUACCCGACGAUGAUGGAGUCAAUAGAUCUCGAUCAAUUAUACCGAUCGCUACCAACGGUGAUAUAUUUCCAUGGAAUAAUGUGCGUUUACCAACAUUUGCUAGACCCUAUAGUUACCACAUAAAAAUACAUCCAAAUUUAACCAGCUUAGACGUAAAAGGCCAAGUAUUAAUUAACUUCAGACUUGUUAGGGAUUCCGAUUACAUUGUUUUUCAUAGUAAAAAUCUUACCAUAGUUGAAAAACGUGUUGUGAAUGCGGAAAAUCAUGAUAAGAUUUACGAAGUGUCCAGAAUGUUGGAAUACUCUGCUGGCCAGCAAAUACUAUUGGAAUUCGAAGAAACAUUAUCUGCCGACCGCAAUUACACACUGAUUAUAAGAUACACGACUCGGUUGAGCAGAGAGCUGGAAGGAUUUUACAUAAGCAGUUACACAACGAGCAAAGGCGAAAGAAGAUAUUUGGCAACGACUCAUUUCGAACCGACGUACGCUCGUUCAGCGUUCCCGUGCUUUGACGAACCCCAGUUUAAAGCUAAAUUUCGCAUGUCGAUCUUGAGAAAUAGAUUCCACAUAGCUCUGUUCAACAUGCCGAUUAAAGAGUCCGUGGACGACGGACUUUAUAUGGGAGUUGGACUGAUGCGCGACGACUUUGAAGAAUCUGUAGAAAUGAGUACUUACCUUGUGGCAUUUGUCGUUUGCGAUUAUCAAUACGUGCACGCGCAAACAUUACAAGGAGUAGCUGUGCGAGUAUAUGCUCCGCCUGAAUUGUUAUCCCAGACUUCGUUUGCUCUGAGCACUGCCACUAAAGUCAUGGACCAUUAUUCAGAUUUCUUUGGAGUGCCGUAUCCACUACCGAAACAAGACCUGAUCGCCAUACCGGAUUUCGGUGCCGGAGCAAUGGAAAAUUGGGGUUUGAUUACAUAUAGGGAGACUUCAAUACUAUACGAUGAAAAAGAAACUUCUGCGGCCGCCCAUCAGUGGGUGGCUGUGGUGGUGGCCCACGAAUUAGCACACCAAUGGUUUGGCAACUUGGUGACGAUGUGUUGGUGGAACGACUUAUGGUUGAACGAAGGAUUCGCCAGUUUUUUGGAAUACCGUGGAGUUGAUCACGUGAUGCCAGGAUGGUCGAUGAUGGCUCAGUUCGUGUUAGAUAAGACCCAGCAAGGAUUAAAACUCGACGCGUUGUCCACCUCACACCCGAUCAGCGUUAGUGUACACGAUCCGGUAGAAAUCGAGGCCAUAUUCGACUCUAUAUCUUAUAGCAAAGGAGCAGCGAUUUUAUAUAUGUUAGAAAAAUUCCUCGGAUUGGAAACCUUGCGGAGCGGACUGAACGAUUACUUGAAUACACACAAGUACGGAAAUGCAGAUACGACAGACCUGUGGAGCGUUCUAAGCCAACACGCUAAAAAUACUGUACAAGUCAGAUACAUAAUGGAUACUUGGACGUGUCAGAUGGGUUUCCCCAUGAUCAAAAUAAGCAGAGAAAACAGUUCGUCUUCAAACAAUGCAGUUUCAUUCACUGCAAUGCAAAGUCGAUUCCUUUUAACCUCACAAAUCGCCAGUAAGGUAAAACAUCGAGCCGCACCGUCUCAGUACGACUACAAGUGGUACGUACCGUUAAGCUUUUACACGGACAUUACAAGUUAUCGUGAACAAGAAGUAGUCUGGAUGAACAUGACUGAUGUAAGAUUUGAGGUUGAUCCAAAGGUACGGUGGUUGAAAGCCAACGUCAAUCAGUCAGGAUUUUAUCGUGUAAAUUAUGACGAUGGGUUGUGGAACGAAAUAAUUGGACAACUUCAAUUAAACCACGAGGUGUUUAGUGCAGCAGAUAGAGCUUCUUUGAUUGACGAUAUAUUCACUUUAUGUAGAGCAGGAGUACUCAACGUGACUAUCCCUUUGGAACUGUCUAAAUAUUUGUAUAAAGAAAGAGAUUUUGUUCCAUGGGCGACAGCUCUUGAACAUUUCGAAAACUGGAGCAAAUUUUUAUCAGAAUCGUCACCUUAUAAACUGUUUUUGGAAUACACGAAAAGUCUUCUCGGCCCCGUGGCUCGAUCUGUUGGAUGGGACGACCAAGGAACUCAUUUAGAAAAAUUAAUGCGAUCGCAGAUUUUGUCUGCUGCUAUAAUAUGUGGAAUAGAAGAUGUGGUAAAAGAAGCGAAAAGUAGAUUUGAAGAAUGGAUGUAUGAAAACAAACGUAUACCACCAAAUUUAAGAGAAGUAAUUUACUUGGCAGGUAUCAUAUAUGGAGAUGUCAAAGAAUGGAAUUUUUGCUGGGAUAAAUAUAAUCAAAGUCGUGUGCCAAGUGAACGUCAAUUACUCCUUACAGUACUUGGUGCUUCAAAUGAUCCUUGGUUACUUCAAAAACUUUUGUCAACCACACUGGAUAGCUCAAAAGUUAAAGCACAGGAUGUAAAAAUGGUUUUUGGCGUGGUGGCUUCACAAGGAUCACAGGGUCAGCUGCUGGCAUGGCGUCAUCUGAAAGCUAAUUGGGAUAAUCUUCAAACACUUUUUGGAAAUGGAACUUUUACAUUGGGAGGCCUAAUUACAGCAGUUACAUCUCAUUUUUCAACUGAAUAUGAUUUUAAAGAAGUAUCCGAUUUCUUCCGUUACAUAGAUGUAGGUUCAGGAACCAGAGCUUUAGAACAAAGUUUAGAAAUGAUACAACUCAAUGUGCAUUGGGUUAAAAAUAAUGAGGCCCAAAUAUAUGAUUGGCUGGUAAAAAACUCAAAAACAAAGAAUAACAAAAACUAAAAAAAAGAUUACAGUGUAACAUAUAGUGUGUAUUUUUGAAGUAAUAAAUCAAGCAAAUAUGAAGACUGAUAUGAUAACAAUGAGAAUAUAGAAAAUAAAUUUGAAAUAAAUUAUUUCAAAUUUAUUUUUUUAAUUUAAAGGAAUAGAAUAUUUUGAGUAUGAAAAUGAAACAUAAAAAUGAUACUUAAUUUAAUAAAUAAAUUUAAAUUUGCUUCCCAAGUCAAUAGUAAUAAAAAUGAUUUAACCUUUUCUAAUGUCUGCCAAUAUGUAUACAUUGAAUAUGCUUUAGAACUUUAAUUGUUUGAUUUAUAACUAUUAAUUUUUUUUGUAUGUACAAUUAAAUAUUAAUUUUGAGUACUAAACUUCAGGGUUUUUGAAACUGAAAAUCUUAUAAAAUUAUUGAAAAUCAGUUUGUGUUUACAGGGUUAAUACGUAUAAAAAAUAUACAUUUCUACGUAUUUAACCUUAAUAUUAGUAUUUUUAUUAGCUCUUUAAUUGCCAAAAAACUAAUUUGCUAAUAAAGCCAUUUAAAAACACACAUUUGCUUUGUUUUAAUUAUAUUUUUAUAUUAUAAAUUAUAGAGUAUUAAUCAAUAAGAUGAAACAAUAUUAUAAAUAUUUAUCAUAACAAUAAUAAUAUCCCUUUUAUUAAUUUUUAAUUCAUGUUUGUACUUAAAAACAUAAUAUUAUUAAUUACAAAUAAUGAAUAUGGUAACAACAACAUUUUUAAAUACAUAAAGAAAUAAUGUAAGACUAUUUAACAACUUAAAAAGAAAAAAUUGCAGUGAACAUAAUGUUAGAGGAUACUUUUUUGAAAAUGAUGAUGUGUUUUGUGAAAUCACUGAGUACCUGGGAAAUUGGAUUCACUUAAUAAGUGUAUAACAAAUAAUGACAUUAUAAAAAAUGAAUGAUAACUCACUAAAGUGCUUAUUCCAUGUAUCCAUUGCCAGUUCACUAAUAUAAUUGCUUGUAUCUGUGAUUAAUAUUUUUAAUGUAGUUUUGAUUUUAUCAUUUAAUAUAUCAUCCUUACUGUAUAAUAAUAAUACACUAUAUAAAAUUAUGUUUAAUAAAUAUUGGAUUAAUUAUAAAUAUAACCAUACUCUGAAAUUGAAGUUAUCAUCACAUUUAAUGUUAUGACUAAAGCAUAGCGAACAUUUGGAUUUUCGUCAGACUGAUGGUACACAACAUGAGGAAAUAGCUUGUUUAACAUCAAUUGAUCACAGAUUUCAAAAAAAUUCUAAUAAUUCAAGUAAUUCAAGGUUUUUGUAACUACUAUUAGGAACCCAUCAUAUAAGUCAGUUUUUGAGAUAUUAAGGAAUAUCUAAUAGCUAAUAUUUAAUCAUAGAACAUUGGCUUAUUAAGUGUCCAACAAAUCAUUAUUCCACUGCAUUCUUUCUCAUAUUAAUAUUUAGUGUUCUAAAUUGUAUACACAUUAUUGUUGCACAUACUUUAGCAAAUGAUAAAAACGCCAUCUUGUUGUAAGUAUUUCUCGAGUAAGAUAGUUUUAUAAGGUAUGGCACAAUAUAUGUUUGAGCCCAAUCCAUUCCAAAUUCUGUAACUAAUAGUUUGAACACAUCCAUAGCAGUUUGCUGAACAGUUGGUUCUAGAAAAUAUUAAACUCUUUUGUACAGAAGCAAUCAAUACAAUAAUUGAAAGAUAGCAAUAAAUAAUAUUUACUUGUGUCAGUUAGUAAUAUUAAAAACGACUGUUCUAGAUAAUCUUCAAAAAAUUUGAGACCUUUUUGAAUUGCCAAUAUAUAUAAAUAAAUUGCACCAGUGUUUCGCAUUUUCCAUGAAUCAUUUAUAAUAAAUGCUUUCAAACAGCAUAUUAAUCGAUCUUCUGGUAGUACUAUCAAAUUCUAUAUAUAUAUAUAAAUAGAUAUUUUAAUAAUAAAAAUGUACAGGGUGAGCUUUUUUUAGAACAUUUUCUAGUAAAAAAAAAUUAUAUUUUCUAAAUAUUUAAUUUUCAGAGCAAAUAUGUCAAGGACUUUUCUUUACUUAAAAAAAUCAAGUUAUACUUCUCUUUACAAAUAUAUUUAUUAUAUUGUAAAACAUAGAUAUACAUUUAAUUAUUUUUUUAAAUAAAUGUUAUCCUAAUGUAUAUUUUCUCUGCAAUGUAAAAUUGAAUUAACUGAUUUCUUAUGGUAAUAUUAUUAAAUUACCUAUUUAUACUUGAUUAUUGAUAGGUAUUAAAGUUUAGAGUACUAAUGUACCUAAUACAAUGAAAUAUUUAGAUAACAAUGUGCAGAGAAAAAAUAUAUGUCUUAAAAAUAAUGUACUUAUUUUAGGUAAGAUGAGUAUUAAAAAUAAAAUGUGCUCUCUAAUAUAAUUAAUAAUUAAAUACAAUUAUUAUCACAUUAAAUUUUUGAAUACACUGUAUUUAUAUUAUUAUAUUUACAUUGUACUGUGAUCCUAAAAUAUCCUUCAUAUAUUUCACAACAUUAAAUAUUACAUCAACAUUUUUGUCUUUAAGUAAUUUGUUUACCAAGUCCACAAAAUAAUCUUUAAUUCUGUAAUAUAGGCAUAUAGGCGUAUAGGUACAUAGUUUGUCAAGCAGUGGUAGCUUGUAUGUUUAAAAAAAGAGCUUGUAAAUAGUUUUAUUAUAUUGAAUUAUAAAAAAUUAAAAUAUAUCACAUUGCUUACAUGCAUUUGGCACAUACACAUGAGCCAGCCACUCAUUGUUAUCAAUUUUAGUUGUGGGUAUAUAUAAUUUACUGGGCGUCCCAAGAAAUGAUUUUAAUCCAAAAACUAUUGUUUAUUUUUUCUCAAUAUUAUUUAAGUAAUUGUUUAUGUUUAAAUGUAUAAUGAAUUUAAUUUUAAAUACAUAUUUGUUUACAAUGACAUGUUAUACAUAACAAUAUUUCGAAAUAAAAUAAAAUGACAUUUAAA